ACACAGCAUCUAUCCUCUGAUAAAAGCACAUGGACUCUUGUCACAAUAAUGUCACCGCAGUUUGAUGUAAUGUCACUUAGCCGGUUAGACGGUGCUGGGUGAGUCUAGGAAUAGAACAAAGGUUAGCCGUACAGGGAGGAGGAAGUGUGUGAUUCCAUGUUAAAGCAAAGAAGAAUGGCGGGGAACAAUCGUGGGAGUACUCAAGGAGAGCAAGGCUCACAUUCAGAGAUUAAGCCCCUUGUGGACUCGGAGGAAGAAGAAGAAGAAGUAGUAAAGUUUCUGGAGCAGCGCUUUGAUACAACUGACUCUUCCUGCAGCUUUCCAACCUACAAGACACUCGCUGCUAUAGGUGUUGGGAUUAUACUGUUCAGCUUGCUGGUAGCCGGUUUCGCUUAUCUGUCUGGAAAGUCAGCAUGUACCCUGGUAGAUGUGUCAACAUCGUGUGGAAAGGUUCGUGGUCAUCAUUGCGAUCAUGUUUAUUUGUUUAAAGGAAUUCCUUAUGCCAGUCCCCCCACUGGACCAUUGCGUUGGAGGCCUCCUGUGGAGCCCACCUGUUGGAAUGACACUCUCACUGCCACAGAGUUCAAGUCCAUGUGUGCCCAAGUGAGGCCUUUGAGUGAGACGGGCACAGUGAUGGGCUCAGAAGAUUGCCUGUAUGUCAAUGUGUGGACACCAUCACUGGAUCAUGAAGCCAAGCUGCCAGUCAUGGUUUGGAUCCACGGAGGUUACCUAUUAAUUUCCAGUGGGUCAGAGCCUGGCUAUUGUCCCAAUGAAGAUCUGGCCAGCCAUACCAUCCAUGUCAGCUUCAACUACCGCCUUAAUGCAUUUGGAUUCCUGGCUUUGGCUGAACUCCGAGAAGGAUCUCCUACCAACACCUCUGGAAAUUAUGGAUUAAUGGAUCAGGUGGCUGCUCUAAAAUGGGUACAGAAGAACAUCCAAUAUUUUGGCGGUGACCCAAACAAGGUGACGAUUUAUGGCCAAAGCGCAGGAGGGACUUCAGUGUGGACUAUGAUGGUGUCCCCUUUGGCCAAGGGUCUCUUUCAUCGUGCCAUUGAUAUGAGUGGAUCCUCUCUGUUUAAGGCCACUAUGGCUCAGGCAGAAAAGGACAAUCAGGUUUUCCUGAAGAAGACAGGCUGCAAAGACGCUAAAUGUUUGAGGCAGCUGAACAUAACCAAGAUCCUUCAAUCCAUCCCUUGGAAGGAAUACCCAGAAUGGGCAGCAGAAGACCUGUUUGACUUGCCACAAAAAGAAAAAUUUAUUGGCCCGUUGCCUGUAGUGGAUGGAUAUGUGGUGCCAUCUUCCCCACUGGAUAUAUGGAAGGAGAAGAAAAUGGGCUACAGUGACGUACCAUAUGUGAUCGGUACCACUCUGCAAGAAACUGAGUUUGCCCCAUUUUUUGCCAACAUGUCCAAGUGGACUGAAGAGGAUUACCGCUGGUUUGUCAAAUUACGUCUGAACACAUUUGGGGGAAGUCUGGCAGACGAGGCUCUGUAUCUCUAUCCCACCUCGGAGUUCUGCACCCAGCCUGAGCGAUGUGUGGAGAAGACCUACAUGACAAUGGUGUCUGACCUGAGAGCCUCAUGUCCCAACAAUGAGCUGGCCAAACAAGCAGCAGCUUCAUUGUCGAGCCCUGUCUACCGCUAUCAGGUCACCUACUCUCCAUCUAGGCCAGUUAAAGUUAAUAGCCUCUUCUUCACCUAUGAAAGCUGGUUUUCCUUUCAUAUGCUGGAUAUCCUGGGAUUUUUUGGAACACUGGAUUCCGCUUUUGGAGAGACUACAGAAGCAGACCGUGACUUCCAGAGGCUGAUAAGAAAAUACUUCAUUUACUUUGCCAAAGAAGGAAACAUGCCACCUGAAUGGCCAGAGUACCCCAAUGGGACAGCGCUAUUGUCCACAUCGCUGUCUGUAGGGAAGGACUAUCGCUCAGCUCAGUGUGCACUCUGGGAGAAGUACAACAUGUAUUCUUAUGCCUGGAUAAACUGAGGAAUGCUUUUUUUUUUAUUAAAGGAAACUCGUAAAAAAUAUGAUGAUUGUCUCCUAAAACUGCCAGUUGCCUGGCUGUCACAUCAAUUCAGAGGCUUCAACAUAUUGGUGACUGAUCUGAAAAAAGAAUGCAGAUCGGGUGUUUUGACUUUCAAACUUGUUUCAAUCAAGAACUCAGAAGAGAAAAGAAUAAGGCCAAAGAAAAUUAAACUAACAUUUUUUCAUGUCAAGAGGUCAACAGCAACCGUUUUUUAAUUUUGCUUGGUACGGGUUCCCUUUGACUUGGUGGGUUUUCAAGGUCUUUAAACCCUUACUUGGGCUUAACUGUUGGUGAAAAAGACCCUUCCUAUCUUCAGAAGGGUUGGGAUAGUGGUGAGCAUAACACGGAUAAAAAUUCCAAGUAUUGUACUCAUUUUGAGGAACAUUUGCAGCAUUGGGUCCUCCCCUAGAACAUUAAGAAGGCUUCCAACUGGCAGAGGUACUUACUUGUACGCACAGAACGUCUCCAAUUUGAGUAGACUUACUUGUGUUAUUGGAGGCAGAAUGGGGUCUGUAUUAUAUAAACAGUUUUUCAACGCAACAGACUACCAAAUAAGAAAAAUUAAGGAUGAUAUCAUGUUUCCUGAACUCUAAUGAGCCUUUACACUCCUUUCAACAUCCUCUGCAAUUCUAUUGAAAAAUUGGUGGAAAACAAAGUAAUGAAACAGUUAUCACAAUUAUAUUAUACAUGUUGAGGGUGGAUGGUUCCUCUAACCCUACUGUCCUAGGCGGGAGCUGCCAAACCAGCUGCUGCAGUGACCCCAAUGUCUCUUAAAUCUAUCUUGACAAUGGAGUUAUCUACAGUGCAAGUAUUCCGAUCUCCUGAAAACAUUAAACCCAGAUGGAGGAGGUGUUCCAUAACUCCGGAAAUCAGAUGGCAUAGCAGAUUCUUUUUUUUUUCAAUAAACUGACUUUACAAUGG